UAAUACCUCCCCCUGGAGCGGAGCCACACGCGCGCCGGGCACCGCUGCCCGGGGGGGCUCUGGCAAGGUGCGGGCUGCGCGGCCGCUCUCCCAGCGGCUCCGGGUGUGAAGCAGAGACACUCGCCGGGCGCUCACCUGCCGCCAGCCCGGACCCCUCCAGCCCUUCCCCUCGGGGAGCGCCCCGGUGCCUGCGCUGCCGCUUGCGCCCUCGCCCGGUGCCUCGCCGGGCUCCGCCGCGCGGGCCAUGCCCUGGCUCCGGCGGGGCCGGCUGCUCAUCCUGCUGCUGCUCGGGGCGCUGCUCAGCGCCGAUCUCUACUUCCACCUCUGGCCCGAAGUGCGGCGGCAGCUGGCGGGGGCCGAGCCGGGCUGCCCCUGCCGCCGGGCGCCGCGCCCCGCGCUGCCCCCUGCGCCGGCGGCCGCCUCCCCGAGCGCCCGGGCGCGCAGCGCCGGCGGCUCCAAGCUGCGGCGGCUCUUCGCCCACCCGCUCUACCGCGCCCCGGAGCCGCCGCCGCCGCCCUGGGGGCCGGAGGAGACGCUGCUCGGCCGGCAGGAGGCGGUGCGCUACUACCGCAGGAAGAUGGUCCGCUGGAACAGGAGACAUAAGCUUUCCAGAGAGGAGCUCAACCUAACUUCUCCGGACUCACUGCUGCAGCUUGGGCGGGAAGCAAGCUGGCUCCAAUUCCACCUGGGCAUCAGUCGCCAUGGGCUGUAUUCCAGAUCCAGCCCUGCCAUUGACAAACUCCUCCAUGACAUGCAAGAUUUUAACACUGUCAGUGCCGAUUACAGUCAGGACGAGAAAGCUUUAUUAGGAGCCUGUGACUGCACCCAGAUUGUGAAGCCCAGCGGUGUACAUCUGAAACUGGUCCUGAGGUUCCAGGACUUCGGGAAAGCCAUGUUCAAACCCAUGAGACAGGAACGAGAGGAAGAGACUCCAGAAGAUUGUUUCUACUUCGUUGACUUUCAGAGGCACAAUGCGGAAAUAGCCGCCUUUCACCUCGACAGGAUCCUGGAUUUCCGACGGGUCCCACCCACGAUCGGAAGGUUGAUCAACGUCACCAAGGACAUCCUGGAGGUCACCAAGAAUGAAAUCCUACAGAGCGUCUUCUUCGUUUCACCCGCCAGCAACGUGUGUUUCUUUGCAAAGUGCCCAUACAUGUGCAAGACGGAGUACGCCGUGUGUGGGAACCCUCACCUGCUGGAGGGAUCCCUCUCCGCUUUCCUGCCGUCCCUCAAUCUGGCCCCGAGACUCUCCAUCCCAAACCCCUGGAUCCGGUCCUACUCGUUUGCUGGAAAAGAGGAGUGGGAAGUGAAUCCACUUUACUGCAACACGGUGAGGGAGAUUUACCCCUACAACAGCGGCAACCGGCUGCUCAAUAUCAUCGACAUGGCCAUAUUUGACUUCCUGAUAGGGAACAUGGACCGUCAUCACUAUGAAAUGUUCACUAAGUUCGGGGAUGAAGGCUUCCUCAUUCACCUGGACAAUGCCAGAGGCUUUGGAAGACAUUCCCAUGAUGAAACCUCCAUCCUGGCGCCGCUCUCCCAGUGCUGCAUAAUAAAGAGGACAACGUUAUUACAUCUGCAGCUCCUGGCCCUGCCUGAGUACCGGCUCAGUGAUGUCAUGAGGGAAUCCCUCCUGCUGGAUCACCUGUCACCUGUCCUCACUGAACCUCACCUCUUGGCUUUGGACAGACGGUUGUGGCUCAUCCUGAAGACCGUGGGGAAAUGCAUAGAUGCACAUGGAGAAGACAAGGUUGUGGCCAACGACACCAGGCAGCUGGAAGUGCCCUUUUUUGACAGAGUGACACCAACCAGCUAGAGCCUUCAAUUCUUUUGGGGGCAGGGAAGAGCCCCUGGCAGCCAGCAGGUGAACUUUAAUUGCUGAUAAUUUUCACCUACACAAGCCUGUUGGAUUGAGAGGGGAAGCUCUUUGGAAGGGCUCAGAUUCUUACUGGGCUUUUAUGGUGAUUGCCCCACGAAAGCUUCAGUGCAUGGGGUAAACUUUUGCCAAGUACAUUUGCACGCCAGGGCCUGACCACUACACUCAUUCCAUGAGCUGCUGUCCUUCAGUGGAGCAGCACCGACGCAGCUGCUCUGUAACUGCAAGGCACGCCCCUGCUAAGAGCCUGGGCAUUAGCUUGCUGUACCUGCACAGGAGCCGCGUCCUGUCCUUGAGCUGCCCCAAAGCAGGAUCCAAAGAAUGAAGCUUGACUAAAGCAAUGCUGAAAGGAAAACGUGCUUAGCAGGGCCAGGUUCUGAGCGAGAGUUCAUGCCUUUGAGUCAAAGUGGCCAUCACUUCAGGCUAGGGCGGAAUCUGUCACUUUAAAGUCAGGAAAGCACAUGGGGCCAGCUCAGCACCACCUGUCUACUACUCAUGCAAUCAGAAGCACCUCCAUCAGCCUUGGGUAAAAUGACAAGCAGCUCCAGGUGAGUUGUGUGUCACAAGGCCCACCUCACAGAGCCAAAUUAUUUGAGUUUUGCAGCUGGUGUUAUGGGGGUGGGGAGGAAGAGAAAUUAUGCCGUGGGUUGUAAGGGACAGGCAAUUUCGCAUUCAUAUUAUUUAGGCCCCAGCAGUGCAGUUCUGCAAACAAUAAAGAGCUUGACAAAGAUGCAGCACUGUUAAAUCCACUCAGCCAAGAGCUGGGCUGCUAAGCAAGGGGCUCUCUCUCAGGUUAACGCAGGCACAGAAUAACAGUGUUAAAAACCAAUGUUUAUUUAAGCAGUUGUAAAGCAGUCCAUCAGAACACAGUGGAAGCUAGCAACAGAUUGAUUCUCUCUAGCACCUCUGCAGAUUUCAAAAAGUAUCGUAGGAACUGGAAACCAAAACAAAACAAAACAUGCCAGCUCCUCAAAAGGCCUUAGAUAAGCUGUCCUCUUCCCCUUGCCUCCCUAGGAUGAGGCUUAAAAAUAGUUUGCUAAUUGAACCUUUACCAACCAGUUCCAUUUUUUAAGUGUUCAGAAUGAUGGAGCUGAGCUUUUUUAGUAGCCCAAUGAAAGCAGUUGAGAACUUGACAGUUAUUUUCCAAUGAUUUGUGCCAAAUUAUCAACACCACUGUAUUUUGUGGUGUGCUUGAUAGAACGUUUGACACCUGUCAGCUGAGA